GGAGCCUGAAGGAACAGUUUUAAGAUCAACCGCAGUUACUAUCCUAAUGAAAAUUCAGCCUACGGAACCAGUGUUAAUGAAAAAGAGAAAACUGACUCAAAAGCAGAUAAAUACUUGAAAGAUGCCAUUACGAGGAUGAGCCGAAAGACUAGAAGACUCAGUGAUUACACAAAUAUUUCGCAAAAAUAAAUACAAGACAAAUCAUAACUCAAGUGUGACUAGCCAGACAAGUGAAUCUGCGUAUGCAACUAACACUGAUAAGAAGAAUUUCCUGGAUAUUUCCCUCACAUCUGAGGGAGAUGCCAGCAUUGAGCAAUUGCAAAAACAGCAAGAAGAGCUACAAAAGAUGCAGAAUAUGAUACAGCAAAAGAUGUCAACUCUUCAAACUGCUAUAAACUCAAGAGCUCACAAAGGAGGGCAGAGGCUGUGUUCAAGAUCAAGGACUAUUAUAAAAGAUGCAGCAAUGUAUGAAGAUGAGCCGAACGAAAAGCCACCAGUCCCUCAAAAGAUGGAAGAUAUGGCAAUGACAAUCUCAGAUUAUACUUCUCAACCUAUUACUGAGGCUAUGACUCAAUCAAUGGUCCAAAACUCUGGUGAGAAGUUCAAUGAAGAAGAUAGUGUUCCUCUUGAACCGAUGUCAAGACCUUCAUCUUCUCUUCAUAAAUCAAGAAGGAGCAGGAAGGAUAGGUAUAAUGAGAAGAGCCAAGAUCGAAUCAAUUUUGAUAGCCUCUACAGAAAGUCUGAGAAAAAGUCUCUCAUUGGAGCUAUCCCUGAAAAUAAAAAUUUGAAUUCAGCUACUAAGCCUACCCAACAUAAGAUAUUGACUAAAUCUGGAUCAAAUAUGUGCAGCAAAGUUAGGCCGAGUAAAUUUGUGGAGAAAGAGAGUACAUUGCAUAUACCAAAAUGUAUUCAGGUGGAAAAGGCAGCUACUCUGAUCAACAAGAGAACCCUAAAUGCCUUGAAAAAAAUCAGGCCGAUUCAGUCCAGUAUUCAAGUUAUCAGAGGCUUUGUCAAAAUUCUGAAAUUUUAUAACCCCAAAAUAAAAAAUUUUAAUGAGGAAGAUACUUGGAUGCGAGUCUGCUUUUCACUGAUUCAUAAUUCUAAUACUGUACUACGAGAGAUCAAGCUCUUGAGUUUGAAAUGUACUACUUACCCAGAGAUGCCUAAAGUGUUGGAGCUUAUAGCCAACAAGAUCCUUGGAAAGAAAGAAAAGAACGUGCCUGCAUGUUCGUCUUCUUUCCAAAAAGAAUGACAGCCCUUCACCAGAUUGCUCCAAAGUUUGGUGAAUUAUUACAAGAGCAAGCAAAGGACUGAAAGGAGCAAGUCCAAUCAUUCAGCGAUCCGGACGAACAGGAGCUCAGCCUCUAAGAAAUUAUCUACGCCCACUGGGAAGAAACUAAAGGCUAGCAAAAAGAAAGAUAGUAUCUCCCCAAGUAUAGAUUCCGAGCAAAAACAACAUGAACUUAGAAGAAAGCGGAUCCAAGAUCAGCAUAACUUUAAGAACAAGACGACAACUGACUUGUUCAGCAUGAUACUCAACACAGAAGGAGAGGCUGAGACUCCGUCAUUUUUGAAAUCUAAUAGAAGGAGUAUCAACAACAUAUGUAUGAGUGAGAAGAAGAAGUUGGAGAAAGAAAAUACCAAAACUCAUAGAAGAUUCAACACCACCCAAAAAUUACCAAACAAGAAGGAAAUAACUCAGUCAUGUAUCAAUCUACGGACUUGUGAAGUGGAGACGCCUCAGAAACAGCCAGAGAAAUUCCUGAGCCCACAGAAAAUGCAGAGAACCCCAGCAAGCAUGCAUAAAGAUCUCUCUAAUAGACUUUCUAGACCACUUCUCAACACAUUAAAUCUGGGUGUCUUCAACAUCAGUGAGACCGAGGAGGAAGGAAGGGAAGAUGACUCCAGCUCCCAACAAAUCCCUUCUAACAUUAUUGAAAAGAUUGCCAAGCGACACCUUGCUCGCAGAAAUAAUGGAAUUAUCGGCAAAUCAAGGGAUAAAGCUAAGAAGGCUAGUAAAGAGGAGCAUUCCUUAUCUUUUGGAGCUACUAAUCCUAGUAAUCAGAAUAUUUUCCACGAUGAUUUAAACGAUUCUAAUUCAACACCAAGGAAAGAAGCCUUAAUGCAAGAGACUCAUCCUGAUAAGCUAAAUAUGAAAAUAUCUAAAAAUUGAGAAGCCAACAUGUUUGAACAGAACCAAUCUGAAACUAGUGAAGAAGAAGAACCAAGACAACUAAAAGAUAGCUUCAUUAAUCUUGAUACCCAAAGAGGGCAAGCUGAGUUGUAUGAGGAGCAGGCAUCCUUCGAUGAAAGCCCACCUGUUUGAGAACACAAGGAUUAUGUAAUCAUUAAGCCUCAGACUGAUGAAAGGAGGAUGAUAGCACUCCCAAAGAAUAACGAGCCUGUGAAUAUCUCCGAAAUGUUGUCUAGGUCAUUUAUAUUUGAUAAUCCUUCUGACCUGAAUAUGUCGAUCAACACAGACAGAUUUAUGAUGGAAGGAGCUAGUGAGUGAAAGGAGAUCGACUUCAACCCUCACAAUAGGUUAAAUAUCUCUACUGAUUUUGGAAGAUACACUCAUCUAAAGCAUUCAGACCAGAAAGCAUAUAAUCCUUUCAAGGAUAGGCAGAAAAGUGUUUUAGAAGCAAUGGAAAAAGAGCAUUUAAAAAUAGAAACUCUCAAAAGCAGAAGGACUUCAGCUUAGGAGAUUCAGACCUAAAUAAAUUUUAACUGUUUCAAGCA